AUGGCUGCUGGAAAAAAAGAACUUUUGACGUUGGAAAACUUCAUAGGUGGACAGUUUUUACCCUGUAACUCAUAUAUAGAUUCGUAUGAUCCGUCAACAGGAGAAGUCUACUGCAAAGUACCAAAUAGUGGGAAAGAAGAGAUUGAAGCUGCCGUGGAGGCUGCCAGAGAGGCCUUCCCUGCCUGGGCAUCCCGGACCCCCCAGGAGCGUUCCCUGGUCCUGAACCGACUGGCUGAUUUAGUGGAGCAGUCUCUGGAGGAGUUAGCCCAGGCUGAAUCUAAAGACCAAGGGAAAACCCUCACACUGGCCAGGACCAUGGACAUUCCUCGGGCUGCUCAGAACUUCCGGUUCUUUGCUUCCUCCAUUCUGCACCAUGUGACGGAGUGCACACAAAUGGACCACCUGAGCUGCAUGCACUACACUGUUCGCACCCCCGUGGGAAUCGCUGGUUUGAUCAGCCCUUGGAAUUUGCCACUUUACCUGCUGACCUGGAAGAUCGCUCCGGCCAUCGCUGCUGGGAAUACUGUGAUAGCCAAGCCCAGCGAACUGACGUCUGUGACUGCGUGGAUGUUGUGUAAACUCUUGGAUAAAGCAGGUGUUCCACCAGGUGUGAUCAAUAUUGUGUUUGGAACCGGGCCCAGGGUUGGUGAGGCCCUGGUGUCCCACCCAGAGGUACCCCUGAUUUCCUUCACUGGGAGCCAGCCCACAGCCGAGCGGAUUACUCAGCUAAGUGCCCCCCACUGCAAGAAGCUCUCCCUGGAGCUGGGGGGCAAGAAUCCUGCUAUCAUCUUUGAGGAUGCCAAUCUGGAGGAGUGUAUCCCAGCAACUGUCAGGUCCAGCUUUGCUAACCAGGGGGAGAUCUGCCUCUGUACCAGCAGGAUCUUUGUCCAGAGGAGCAUUUAUAGUGAAUUUCUCAAGAGGUUUGUAGAAGCUUCCAGGAAGUGGAAAGUUGGAAUACCUUCUGACCCGUCAGCCAACAUGGGGGCUUUGAUAAGUAAAGCACAUUUGGAGAAAGUCAGAAGUUAUGUAAUGAAAGCUCGUGCCGAGGGGGCCCAGAUUCUGUGUGGUGAGGGUGUGGAUCAGCUGAGUCUUCCCCUCAGGAACCAGGCAGGCUACUUCAUGCUUCCCACGGUGAUAACGGAUAUUAAGGAUGAGUCCUGCUGCAUGAAGGAAGAGAUAUUUGGCCCAGUGACGUGUGUUGUCCCUUUUGACAGCGAAGAGGAAGUGAUUAAAAGAGCUAACAGUGUUAAGUAUGGGCUGGCAGCCACAGUAUGGUCAAACAAUGUGGGACGCACUCACAGGGUAGCUAAGAAGCUUCAGUCUGGAUUGGUCUGGACCAACUGCUGGCUCAUCAGAGAGCUGAACCUGCCCUUUGGAGGGAUGAAGAGCUCUGGAAUAGGAAGAGAAGGAGCCAAGGACUCAUACGACUUCUUCACUGAAAUAAAAACCAUCACCGUUAAGCACUGA